CUACUUCCGUACAGUCAGAGCUUCUGCUCUGUAACGUGGUUGUUUCACACAAGUUAGAGAUUUUUUACUUCACCAUGGAAAAAGUGAAAGACAAGACACGGGAGAAAUUCAGUGUCGCCUCCGAGAUUGACCGGUUGGAGGGCCGACGGAGCCGUUGCCAGGGCAACCUGGAGAGGGCGGAGUUUAAGAGCCGGAAAGAGCAGCUGUCUGAGAAGGCGAGACAAGAACUGGAAGAUGAAAUGGCAAUUAUAAAUGACCAAAUGAAAAAAUUAGACAAGGAGCUGAAGUUGUUGAGAGGAGAAAACCGGAAGAACAUGGUUCUGUCAGUCGCUCUGCUAGCUGUCAGCGCUCUCUUCUACUAUAUUUUUUUCUACGACGAGGACGAGGCAUGACAUCAGUCAGGAUCUUGAAGGAACCUUCCAGUCAUGUCAACCUCAUGAGAUUGUUGUUAUGAGAUGGUUGUAUGAGGUCUCAGUACCGAACACAUGAAAAGGAGAGUCCUGUUCAUGCUAUGUACUUCCAUUCUCCUCCAGAUGGCAUCAAUGCCUUUUCCAUAGUGCCAACUGGAUUUAACAGGUGCAACCUAAACCCUACACAAUUUUAUAAACUAAUCUCCAUACAGGCAGUGAUUUUCACAAAUGCUUUUGAGAACUGACAACUUUUCACAAGUCUGCUGGUCAGAUUUGCUUGUCAAAUCAGAUAUGUCAGUGUUUCCCAACCCUGGAUGUUUUAGAUGUCUCCUUUCAUCAACACUCCUCAUUCAGAUUAAUAGUCAUGAUCAAGGGCUGCACAAGGCUGUUAAUGACACAGUCCUUUUUUCAGGGUGUGGUGAAGCAGGAAAAUAUGUAAUACAUGCAGGACAGUGCCCUGAGGAACAGGGUUGGGAAACACUUUUUUUUCUAUCUUUUGUCAGCUUGUAUAUUCCCUCAGUUCUAUGUUAUUGUUUACGUCAUUGCAGUUCAGCAUGUCCCCCAAUGAACCAGCUGAAUGUUAAGUUUGCCUUACGGUCUUCAGUACAAUUGCAAUAAAUGUUUUAUUUUGUCUUCACAGUGA